AUGGUAGGGAAAGGAAAGAAGUCGCAACCUAGAUUUGUAGGACCUUAUAAGAUUCUACAACUUGUGGGAAACGUGGCCUAUAAGUUGGAACUGCCACCAAGAUUAUCUCGAAUUCAUAACGUUUUCCAUAUGUCUAUGCUCAAGAAAUAUUAUCCAGAUCCAUCUCAUGUACUGCAACCGGAAAAUAUUGAGAUUGACGAGGCACUGACUUAUGAGGAAAUACCAGUGAAACUUCUGGAUCAUAAGGUGAAGGAACUAAGAAAUAAGCGAAUUCCUUUGGUAAAAGUCCUUUGGAGGAAUCACGGAGUAGAGGAAGCAACUUGGGAAGUAGAGGAGGAAAUUCGAAAGAAAUACAAAGACUUAUUUUCAGAUCAAGGUCCAUAUGAUGCCACUGUUAUUGAUCAAGUUACUUAA